AUCGAUAGCUUCUUUGCUACCUAUCGGUUUGUUUUUCCAUCACUAAAAUCAGCGGCAUUUUAUUAAAUUAGCGUAAAAAUAUAAUUUAUCAUUAAAAAGUUGAGUAAAAGCUAUUAAGUAUGUCUUUCAUGAAUCCCGUGGACAUGGUGGAUGAGGAUGCCGCCGACCUGCAGUUUCCUAAAGUUAAGCCUCUAGGGGAUCCGGUUCAGAGGUUCGCAUAUGCACGUCAAGAUGAAAACACCAGGAGAUCCGUGGUUUCUUAUAAGCCCUACGCCCUGCACAGACAACUGGAGCAGCUAGAGGAACUUGCGCGGGAUGACAAUAGCAGCGUACCAGUGUCUUUAACGGACUUUAGUCGAUGUGCCACGUGUCGGUGCAGUCUCACAGAGCCCUAUAUAAAGUGUUCCGAGUGCCUGGACAUUCUGCUGUGCCUUCAGUGCUUUUCGAAGGGACGGGAGGCCUUCUCGCACCGCAAUAACCAUGCCUAUAUCAUAGUCCGCGACAAUAUCCAGGUUUUUGCCGAAGAACCACACUGGACGGCCCGCGAUGAGCGCAUACUCCUAAGGACGCUACGCACACAAGGCUACGGUAACUGGGAAGCGAUAUCUCAGGCUCUGGACCAGCGACAUACGCCUUCUGAAGUGCGCCGUCACUAUCACGAUUGCUACUUUGGAGGGAUCUUUGAAAGACUGCUUAACCUGAAGCAUGCUAGGCACAGCUACCUCCCCGAGAGAAUGCCGUAUGUCUUCAAAAUGCGCAGCCUAGAUCCACCCCGACACGAUGAUAUCGCCUCUAUGCAGUUUAAAAUGAGUGCAGGCUAUCGGUGUGCAAGAGGAGAUUUCGACACUCCGUAUGACACUUCCGCCGAGAGUCUGUUAUCCAUCAUGGUGGAUCACAGGGGCAGGGAUGAUGAUCACGAGACGACGGAGAGCGAAUCAGAACGCGGAUUAAUCGAGGAACUGCAGCAGGGACUGGUGCGUGCGUACAACAAUCGCUUAAAGGAGCGACAACGUCGUUAUAAAAUCAUGCAGCAGCACGGCCUGAUAAUGCCAAAUCGUACAAUAAGCUGGAUUUCCAAGUACGUACACGCGUUCAAUAGUGAUGCGAUGUGCAUGCGUUUUCUGGGCCUCAUGCAAAUCUGUCCAGAUCCCAUUCAAUUCGACAUGCUGCUGGAGUCUUUGCGUUAUUACCGGGAGCUGCACACCCGGUUAAAUAAGCUUUACAAUCUGCGACAACAAGGCGUGCGCACUAAUUCAGCAGCUAAGCUGUAUAUUCGCCUUCACAAAGAACGUCAAAAGGCUCAGCGGGAUUAUAGCAGACAGAAGCAAAUGGAUAACAUCGACUGGCAGCAGUUGGUACAGCAUUACGAGAGUAACAGGAAUGGUGAGCAGCUGCCCCUUGGAAUCAACACAAAGUUCUAUACCAUGAAUACACGCCGGAAGGCAAGUCCUAUUGAGAUUGGAGGUAGGAGGCACUCUCAUCCUUGUGGGAGGACGACUAAAACUAGUGUUUCUUGUUUUUCAGACCUUCCUGGUUACUCCAAACUGGACGAAGGCGAACGAAAGUUGUGCAGUGUGGCUCGUUUGGUUCCACAAUCAUACCUGGAAUACAAGAAUCAACUGGUUUCAGAGCACACCAAGCUCGGAUAUCUAAGGCUGGCCGAUGCGCGACGUCUUAUCAAGAUUGAUGUGAAUAAAACACGCCAAAUCUACGAUUUCCUGUUGGAACACGGCCAUAUAAGCAGGCCGCCUUCCUUCGGCUAACUCUUAGUUUUUCUUCAAAGUUUCACUUAGUUUGAAAAUGCCGAAACGCUGCUAAUAUCGGAGGUGCAUAUGCUUCUCGAUCAUCGGAAACGACAGAACGAAUCCGCCGACGAGGAGCAAGAGUUCUCG